AUGAGUUGUUUCUCUUGUUGUGGAGUGGAGCUGCAUCAACGUACUGGUUCUCUUCAGGAGACUGCUUAUGGCGGCAUUGGUAGCAAUAACUGCAAUAACAAUGGGAAAUCAUUGAGGUCUUUGCUCAAUAAUUUGUCAAGCAAAACAGGCAGUGGCAAUCAGAAAAUAGCUAAAGAGAUUCAAAAAGUUGGAAAAGCUAAAGUUUCAGCUCAUAUUUUCACGUUUAGAGAACUAAUUGUUGCUACAGACAACUUCAAUCCUGAUUGUCUGAUAGGGGAAGGUGGAUUUGGCAGAGUCUACAAAGGAUACAUAGAGAACAUUGACAAAUUGUGUGCUUGGUUUAACUUCUUAGAUUGUGAGCAGCUCGAUCGGAAUGGAUUGCAAGGAAGCAGAGAACUCUUCUCAGAGAUUCUAAUGUUAAGUCUGGUUAACCACCCGAACCUAGUGAACCUGAUUGGCUAUUGUGCAGAUGGGGAUCAAAGGAUUUUAGUUUAUGAAUACCUGGCAAAUGGAUCUUUGGAAUAUCAUCUUCUUGAUGUACCUCCAGGUAAGGAGCCAUUGGAUUGGAAUACAAGGAUGAAAGUAGCUGAAGGAGCGGCGAAAGGGCUAGAAUACCUACUUUCUCUACACCACGAUUUCACUGAUCCGCUGAUAAUUUAUUGCGACUUUAAAGCAUCAAACCUACUACUAGAUGAGAACUUCAAUCCCAAACUCUCUGAAUUCGGACUUGCAAAGUUGGGCCCUACUGGAGGGAAGGACCAUGUAUCAACAAGGGUCAUGGGGACCUCUGGUUAUUGUGCUCCGGAAUAUGCAAUGACAGGCCAGCUCACAACAAAAUCCAAUGUUCACGGUUUCGGUGUAGUGUUUGUGGAGCUCAUCUCAGGUAGGAGAUUUAUCGAUAUUGAAAGGCCGGGGGAAGAACAAAAUCUGAUUGCUUGGGCAGAGCCAUUACUGAAGGAUAGGAAGAAGUUCACAAUGAUUGCGGAUCCUCUGCUUAAAGAGAAUUACCCUGUAAAGGUUCUUUAUCAAGCUCUUGCAGUCGCAGUCAUGUGUCUUCAAGAGAAUGCUAAUAGCCGCACGUUGAUUGGUGAUGUUGUAACGGCCGUCGAGUUUCUUGCCAAACCAAAGAACAAUGACAAAAUUGCUGCAGAAUCACAAAGAAACAACAGCUUGCGUGUUAAGUCCGUGAGAGUUGGAAGUUUCAAACGAGACCAUGGCUUGUAGCUACCGUAGCCGGGGUGAACAAUCUUGAAGCUUGAAGAAAUUGCACAA